AUGGCCUUCCAACGCCCACUCCAACUACUCACCUGCUUCACCCUACUCUUCAGUCGGAUUAAACUUGGAAAUGGAGCAGCCACAGCGCGUCCCUACUCAGCCCGCAUGGCCGACAGCGUGAUGCUGCGCGGACAGGCAAUUCACGACGACUCAAGUGAUUCGUCGGGUUUAUUGCAGGUUGGGACGUUCCAGACGGCUCUCUUGGAUCUGGUCGAGUCACCGUCCGCUCAGUACCUGGAACAGGACUGGGAAUCGUUUCUCUCGCGCAGCGCAGAUAGUGUUGUUGGACUGGUUGAUAAUGCGACGCAGGACACGCAGUUCCCGCUUGAUCGGCUGAGUGUGGGGAAAGGGUUAUUGUAUCAGUACGAGCGGACCGGGAACGAGACGUAUAAAGAUGCACUCGAUGCCCUGCGUCUGUCGAUUGACCUCCAGCCACGGAACCAAUAUGGCGGCCUUUGGUACUACGUCUAUCCCAACUGGAGCUAUCUCGACGGAAUGUUCAGCCUCCUCUCGUUUCUCCCACUCUACACAUCCGCAUUCUCCCCAUCCAACAGUUCCUCUACGACAGACUCCGUGCUAUACCAACUCGACCUCCUCUGGACGCACUGCCACGACAACGCAACAGACCUCCUCUUCCACGGCUACGACGCAUCAAAGACAGCCGUGUGGGCGGAUCCAGUAACCGGCGCGAGCCCCUAUGUCUGGAUUCGGGCACUGGGCUGGUUUAUGAUGGGGCUAGUUGAUUUCCUCGAGCUGCAUCUAACCGAGCUAGAAGGCAGGCUGGGCAUUUGGCAUGGACGGUUCAUUUCCCUCUCCAACGCACUCCUUGACACCGUUGACGAAGGUUCCGGCGCCUGGUGGCAAGUCCUCAAUGCACCCGGGCGCGAGGGCAACUACAUCGAGUCCAGCGGGAGCGCGAUGUUCGUUUAUACGCUGCUCAAGGGUGUAAGGCUUGGCCUUUUGGAGGAUACGGUCAAGAACAACUAUACCACCGUUGCCGAGAGAGCUUAUCAGACGCUCGUGGAGAGAUUUGUUGAUGAGAAUGAGGAUGGGACGCUGAGUUAUAACGGUACCGUGGGUGUUUGCAGUUUGAAUUCGACGGCGAGCUAUGAGUACUAUGUCAAUCAACCGCUUGUAUACGAUAGCGUCUUGGGUUCAGCGGCGUUCAUCCGGGCGAGUAUAGAGCAUGAGCUCUACAAGGCAUAA